UCCACCAAGGAUCGGUGUCGAAAGUGGCAGUGUCUCUGGUGGCUGCGUAUCGCGUGACAACAACGCCAGUUCCGCGAAUAAUUUUGGCAGCCGGCCAGCACUGUCGCACGGUCACGAGUGCGGCCAAGUCGGUGGAUUUUUUGCGAAACCAGUGAUACGAAAACGGGUUUCCCAGGGCAUUUCCCAGGAUGUCCGUGCCUACGACCAACCCAGACAAGCCGGCUACACCGAAUCCCAGCAUCGCCAUCUUGUUUCCGAUUUUAUCAAAGUUUCUCAUUGGAUGGAAGAACUUGUGUCUAAAGUGCGCCGAGUAUAUUCUCCAGCGAGUUUCAUGGAGAAAAACACAAAGGCAGUCUGAACGACGCUAUUACUAAAGAAGACGAUCUACCUGAAGAAAAACAAAACAAAAAGAAAAGUCUAUUUUCAUGCAACUAGUUCCUGGAGUCAUGAAUAUUUCAUUCUCCGCCUGUUUCAUAUUUAUCAUUCCUUUCGUCGACGUUCCUCGCAAGCAAAUCUUCAAGAAAGAACCGGAAGUCCUCCGGUUACCAUUGCUACCGCCAUCUAUCGGCGAUUAGCUGAACUAGUUCCGAACGUCUCGUUUGGCUUAUCGAUAAGGGAACAAAGGGUAGUAGGAGAAAAGGGCAACGUGUGACGGCAAACCACGUGUUACCAUGGUUGCAACCCCCUGGGGGUUGCACGUGACCAGGAGCGGGGCUUCGAGCAACCGGUGCCAUUAAUUGGAUCACGAUCGAGCCACAUUUUUAAGGUCAGCAGAUUAUUGGAACAAUGUCAUUCGUUGGUCGAAGCCCCGAGGGGAACGAUGGAUUUCACCCACAAGCGAGUCUUCUACAUUCUGUCAACGAUUCUGGACCCGUUGGUGACUGAGGAGCCUGAUGACGAAACUGCCGAGGACGAAACAUAAUGCUUGACCAGCUGUGAAUCAGUGAUUAAUCGAUCAACCGUGUCUCUCGCGCGACAACGCUCUCGGAUCUGCGUGUGAUUUCGGAUCUGUUCGGUGAACUCGUCGCAGAUCAUGAUGAAAGCGACUAAGCUUCGUAGAUCUAGAUCCACCAGUGACUUUUCUAGUGUGAAUCUGAACGAACUCGACGACUUGUUGCAUGGCAAACGGAUGAAACUCUCGAAGACUUCGUUUCGUCUGGUCGAUCCCGACGAACGCGCAAGGAGUUUAGAGAACGAGGGAAAGGAGGAGAAAGUUUACCAUCCGAACUGCGACUCGUCCGUGUGGAUGAGGUCCUGCGAGAAAGAAGUGACAGAUCCCUUACCUGGCAAGGUGACUGGAACGAUUCCAUCCUGGCUGAAGGGCACUCUGCUGAGGAACGGACCGGGUAGCUUGAAGGUUGGGGAGUACAGGUUCAACCACCUGUUCGACAGUUCGGCUCUGCUGCACCGAUUCGCCAUUGCGAACGGAAAGGUGACGUAUCAGUGCAGAUUCGUGCAGACGGACGUGUACAAGAAGAACAAAGCUGCGCAGAGGAUAGUCGUGACUGAGUUUGGCACGAAGGCUGUGCCUGAUCCUUGCCAGAGUAUCUUUCAAAGGGUAGCAGCGGUGUUCAAACCUGGCGAAGACUCUGACAACUCGAUGAUAUCUGUUUAUCCGUUUGGCGAUGAGUACUACACGUUCUCCGAAGCUGCGAUGAUUCAUCGCGUCGAUCCGAAGACUUUGGAAACUACUGGCAAGGUGACUGUGUCAGACUACGUAGGUAUUGUGAACCAUACGUCUCAUCCUCAUGUGAUGAAUGAUGGCACUGUGUACAAUAUGGGAAUGAGUCUGUCUCCGCGUGGACCGAAGUACAAUGUUGUGUGCUUUUCGCCAAGUUGUAUUACUAUAGAUGAUUCAGGAGAAGAGAAGGAACUAUCCAUGUUCGAUCAGGCCACAAUAGUCGCCACAGUCCCAUCCAGGUGGUUGCUGAAUCCCUCCUACAUGCACUCAUUUGGUAUCACAGAGAACUACUUCAUAGUGAUUGAACAACCUCUAGCUGUUUCUCUGACUACUUUAUUAUCGUGCAAAGUGAAGCAGGAACCCCUGCGAGCAGCUUUAAAAUGGCACGAGAAUGAAAAUACCCUCAUACAUCUAGUUUCAAGGGAGACAGGAGAAGUAGAAAGAACCUUCGUCAGUGAAAAGUUCUUCUAUCUUCACACUAUCAAUCAAUUCGAGACACGUGACCAUAAUUACGUGGUGUUAGACAUUUGCUGCUACCGGGAUCCACAAAUACUAGAUUGCAUGUUUGUAGACGCGAUGAAGACCAUACACGAGAAUCCAAACUACGCCAACAUGUUCCGUGGCAGGCCUCUACGAUUUAUUUUGCCAUUGAAGCAACCAAAGCCAGACAUUCCUGUAGAAUAUAAUUUGAUCACUGCGGAAACAGUGAACCAAGGCUUAGAGACGUUUAAGGACGUCGAUGAGCCACAAAAAGACACUGAACCAGACUCCACAGCUACGAACGAAACCGCUGUAAAGGUCACCAAGGACCAUCAGAAUGACUACAGGAACAUGCUGCGAAGGAAGGCAGCUGCCCACAGGCUCCCCGAUGGCAACAUCUUCGUGAAACCAGAGUUACUCUGCGAUUUGGGAUGCGAGACACCGAGAUUUAACUACGAAUCCUGUCUCGGCAGGGAGUAUCGGUACUUCUAUGCGAUUUCUAGCGACGUAGACUUGGAGAACCCUGGAACGCUCAUCAAAGUGGACAUUUUGACGAAAACAAGGAAGACGUGGCACGAGAAGAAUGUUUAUCCUGGCGAACCGAUUUUUGUUCCGAAUCCUAAUGGAAGGAAAGAAGAUGACGGAGUGGUGUUGAGUUCCAUAGUGUGGACUGACAAGGAGUCGCAGGUGGGACUGCUGAUUCUAGACGGCGCGACUUUCACGGAAAUCGCGAGGGCCACGUUCGAAGCUCCUGGCCCGGUGCCAAAGUGCUUACACGGUUGGUUUACCUUGGAGAAGUAGAGUAAACUCCGAUUACAAAGGGACGAGUUCCUUGGAAACGUGACCUAGAUAUGUACCUCGCUUACGUGGUGUACAGUAGUGGCCAUGGAUUUUGCACCAGUUUAGAAAUAUGAAUAACUUUAAUUUGUGUAUAAAAUAUAACGAACCUUGUUUUUGGAAAUUAGGGUUUUGAUUAAUGUUAUAGAGAAUAUGAUUCAUUGAAAACUUUGAUUAAUAUUAUAAAGAAUAUAAUUCAUUGAAAGCUUUGAUUAACAUCAGAAAGAACAAAAUCAAUUGCAAUAAAUGCCUGGUGACAUUUUAUUGGCCAUUACUGUACAGCAUAUACUCAGCUCUGCUCGAUACCAGCAAGCAGUUGCACCUUUUUGUAUAUUAAUCGACUGACCACUUACCUCUGAAUCAAAAGAAAUCAAUUAAGGUAAUUAACUUAGGCGAUCGGCUACGUGGAUACUUUAUAAACAUCGACACACAGCACAACAUGUAAAUAAUAUAAUAAAUUAUUUAAUGUCUUCUCCCGAUUGUACAAGUGUACUCAACGACGAUCGUCGUGCACGCGACGAAAGAAAUUUACAAAUAAAAUGGGAUGCAUCGUGAAAUCGUUCGUCAACAC